AUGGCUACUGUCCCAGCAAUGCGUCGCACCUGUGUGGAUAGACAAGAUCUAGGUCAAAUUAAUUCAACAUUUUAUUACCUUCGAAAUUUUGUAUCUAUCAUGCCUUAUCUAAAUUUUUCAACACAAAUGAAUCAAAUUUUAAUGCAAACAGUAUGUAUGACAGGGUAUUACAAGCAUAAAGUGCUGCAUGAUUUAAGUGCUCUUAUUUUGGAGGAAGUUUGUUGGAAUGCAAAAGUGUUUGUUUUAGACUUGUGUUGGUGGUAUUUUUAA